AUGUCGCUUCAAAUUCCGCACCGCGAGAGGCACGUUAAUGGCAUUAGCGCUGUUACGAAAGCAGUUAUUCUUGUAGGCGGCUCUUCUCGUGGUACUCGUUUCCGCCCGCUUUCUCUAGAUGUCCCCAAACCUCUAUUUGAUGUAGCCGGACACCCGAUUAUCUGGCACUGCCUGACGGCUAUCGAAAAAGUGCCUUCAAUUCACGAAGUGUACCUGAUCGGCUACUAUGACGAGUCGGUGUUUCGCGACUUCAUCAAGGAUGCUUCGACUAGUUUCCCUCACCUCUCCAUCAAAUAUCUGCGCGAAUACCAGGCCCUCGGAACCGCUGGUGGCCUGUACCAUUUCCGGGACGCCAUACUCAAAGGCCGACCGGAGCGGCUCUUUGUUUUGAACUCGGACGUUUGCUGCUCAUUUCCCUUGAACGAAAUGCUAAAGAUGUUCGUUGAAAAGGAUGCAGAGGCGGUCAUUCUCGGCACUCGGGUUAGCGAAGACGCGGCCUCCAACUUUGGCUGCAUCGUGUCCGACAACCACACGCGUCGUGUACUACACUAUGUUGAAAAACCCGAAAGCCACAUUUCGAAUUUGAUCAACUGUGGCGUCUACCUCUUCAGCACCGACGCUAUAUUUCCUUCUAUUCGCAGUGCUAUCAAGCGGCGCAGAGAUCGCCCUGCUCGCCUUGUGUCGUAUCCGUCAUCUGAGAAUCUGGAGAGCAGUUUCAUUGAAUACGAUGAUGACGAGUCUGAGACGACUGAAGUCAUUCGUCUCGAACAGGACAUUCUUUCAGAUAUGGCUGAUAGCAAACAGUUUUUUGUCUACGAGACGAAAGACUUUUGGCGCCAAAUCAAAACAGCAGGUUCUGCCGUGCCUGCUAAUGCCCUCUACCUCCAAAAGGCAUGGCAGAGCGGUUCAAAGGAGCUAGCUGAGCACAGUGAGAACAUUAUCCCUCCUGUUUUUAUUCACCCUACCGCACACGUUGACCCCACUGCGAAACUCGGUCCCAACGUCUCUAUUGGGCCUCGUGUAACCGUGGGUGCAGGCGCCCGCAUUAAAGAGUCUGUUGUUUUGGAGGAUUCCGAGAUUAAGCACGAUGCUUGUGUGCUGUAUUCCAUAAUUGGCUGGAACAGCCGUGUUGGUGCCUGGGCGCGGGUUGAGGGAACACCUACGCCCGUGACAAGCCAUAGUACCAGCAUCAUCAAGAACGGCGUCAAGGUUCAGUCCAUCACUAUACUCGGCAAAGAGUGCGGAGUUGGUGAUGAGGUCCGCGUGCAAAACUGCGUGUGUCUACCGUUCAAAGAGCUCAAGAGAGUCUAUGGCGACGUUGUAGUCAGCUCAGACGGCGUCCGCUCUCAGGCACGACCGCGGGUGCUAGGCUACGAGGACAAGCCAAAGAGCUCAGACUGCUGCUGGAUGUUAAUACACCGUGACGAGCGCAACAUCGAGGAGUCCUUAUCGUUUCCCGACCGCCUUAAAGACGUAUACAUCGUUCUCGAGGGCUGGGUGCUUAUGUUUCGGGUCAUCGUGGAGAAGACGCCGGCUCUGGUCGACUAG